CCCCCCCGAGUUGCUGUGGUCCCUCGUUCCGGUGUAGAAGUUCAUCAGUUGAAGUUAUGCGCUUGACCUGGAAGGACUGCGCUGCCGGCACCUUGAGGACCCUGUGAACUGGAAAGGGAGAGGAGCCCGCUGGCAGGUGGAAUGGGGCAGCCAUGAACGGCGAUGCCCUGUGCCAGGAGCCCUCCUCCCCGCUCCCCGACUGGAGGGAGUUCUGCGAGCUGCACGCGCAGGCGGCCGCCGUCGACUUCGCCCAGAAGUUCUGCCAGUUCCUGAAGGAGAACCCUCACUACGACACCCCCGGCGCAGAGGCUUCCUUCUCCCACCAUUUCGCCGCCAACUUCUUGGACAUCUUCAGCCUGGAGGUCAGCCGGGUGUUCGUGUCCGACUCGCCCACCAAAUACCACAUCGUGCCCUUCGUGGGGCUGCAGAACUGCCACGUCCCCUACGGGCGCGAGGUCGCGCCGAGGAAGGAGGAGACGUCCACGGAGUCACUGGACAGCAUGGAUGCCCCGCUGGGUGCUGGCCGGUACCUGAGCCCGGCACAGCAGGUACAGGCACGCAAGGUGUCCUCCUACGGCCAGUCCCGCAGCUCGGAGGAUGUCUCCAUCCACGCUGCCGCCAAGCCCAAGUUCAAGAAAGGCUUCUCCUUGAGGAACAUGAGCUUGUGCGUGGUGGAUGGCAUGAAGGAGAUGUGGCACCGCAAGUCCUCUCCGGAGCCGGGCGCCGAGGCUGCUCCCGGUGGCCGGAGAGCAGAGAGGGAGCCGUGGCCGGCCGGGGGCAAGGAGCCCGGUGACCCCCGGGAGAAAUGGACCCACAAGCUGCGCCUGUCCAAGGUGCCCUCCUCCAAGGUGGAGCUGGUGGACAUCCAGAGGGAGGGGACGCUGCGCUACAUGGUGGCCGAUGACACGAACUGUGUGGGGAGCUCGCAGUGGCAGAAGUGCCGCCUCCUGCUGCGGAAAGCGGUGAAGGUGGAAGGAGAGAGGUUCCUCCUCGAGUUUUAUGUCCCUCCAAAGGCUUCCAAGCCCAAGGUGAGCAUCCCGCUGUCGGCCAUCAUCGAGGUCCGCACCACCAUGCCGCUGGAGAUGCCCGACAAAGACAACACCUUCGUCCUAAAGGUGGAGAACGGGGCUGAGUACAUCCUGGAGACCAUCGACUCGCUGCAGAAGCACUCCUGGGUGGCAGAUAUCCAGGACUGCAUUGACCCUGGGGACAGCGGGGACGACAUCGAGCUGGCAUCCUGCGUGCAGGGAGCCUGUCUGCCGGGCAGGGUGUCCUGCAGCUGCGAGUUCCUGGCUGAUGAUGUGCCCAGGCCUCCAGACAGAUGUGCCCUGCCCGGGGCUCACACCACCACCACGGCCCCCGCUGUCCCUGCACCCCACGGCCGGGGCAGAGACUCCUUGGGGGAGCUCCUGGCACACGUCCCACUGGAGAGCUUCCUGCAGACACUGGAGUCCUCCCCCAGCGGGCACCUCACAGGGGAGGACAGCGAGGCGGAAGCGGAGAUCAACCUCUCGGCCUUCCCCUGGUUCCAUGGGACGCUGUCACGGAUCAAGGCGGCUCAGCUGGUGCUGCUGGGGGGUGCCCGGAGCCACGGCUUGUUCGUCAUCCGGCAGAGCGAAACGCGGCCCGGGGAGUACGUGCUCACCUUCAACUUCCAGGGGAAAGCCAAGCACCUCCGCUUGUCACUGAACGAGAGCGGGCAGUGCCACGUGCAGCACCUCUGGUUCCAGACCAUCUUUGACAUGCUGCGCCACUUCCACACGCACCCCAUCCCUCUGGAGUCGGGUGGUGCGGCUGACAUCACCCUCCGCAGCUACGUCGUGGCCCAGAGCCCGCUGCCUGAUGCUGGCCCCCCACCAGCCCUUGUGUCCCAGCCGCCAGGGUGCCGGCUCGACCUGCCACCUCCACACUACUUCUGCAGCACAGCACCCAGCGGCCCGCCGGCCCCACCGCCUGCCGAAGGGGUGGCUGUGGCCCCCGCUGCCACCGUCCCUGCACCCUACCACCGCCUGGAGGGUGCCCUGGGCCCCCGGAGCCGCAGUGACAGCGUGGAGCGCCGGCCGGAGCCCCCCGCCGCCAGUGCUGAGGACUACCAUGAUGCUGACAGUGCCCGGAGCCGGACCCGGGCGGUGGAAAACCAGUACUCCUUCUACUGAGCAUCCCCAUGCCCUGGGGCUGGAUGGUGGGGGGGGGGAGCGGGGUACCUGCACCCCUCAUUGCUGCACCAGCCUCGCCACCUCCUCCUGCCACCACCGGCGUGUCCUUCUUGCUCCCUGCCACUUCUGGGAGCCGUGUCAGCAGUGGGCAAUGUCCCGGCUGGACCUGGUGCCAGCCCCAAGGUUGGGGCAGUGCUGGAGGUUUGGGAGGCUGAAAGUGUCAGUGCCAUUUCAGAGCUUGCAGGCUCUUUUCUUUCCCUCUGGUCCAGGAGCUCUGCCAGGGCCAAGCAUCCCUGGGGAUGCCCAUCAUGGGAAGGCAGCCCAAAGCUGUGCCAGGCUCCAUCCUCCAGCCAAAGGACCUCACACGUUCCCUCUGGUGUGAAAGCCCAGCAUGGGCAACAUCCCUUCUGGUACCAUCACCCCGCAGCCCAGCUGCUGAGGGGCUCUGAUGGUUUAGGAUGACCAUGGAAAUGGCAGAUCCCCAUGCAGAGGCUUGUCUUGAGUUGUGAGGGUUUAUCCAGGCUGGCUUUCAGGCUCCCUCUGGGGCACACAUUUCCCAUCCUCUGCCAGGAGAAGGUUUUUUCCAAAGCUUAAUGAAUUGCAUUUGAGGAAGGUUUUUCUGCUGUCCUGCCUCUUCUGUUCCUUUGUCCUUUCUCUCCUUGCUCUACCUUUCUCCUCCUUUCUUCUCUUUCCCUUUCUUCCUCCCUUUCUUCUUUGCUUUUCAAAACCUAAGCUCUCUCCAAGGGCAUCAGCUCAACCUUCUGCCUUCUCCCUACCACAGCUAGGCAGUGUUUUUCAUUGCUUAAGGCAGACCUGCACAAACAUGGCAACACCCC